CUUUUCAAUUGGUUUUCAAAGCGGAUGAUUUGCCCACCUUUGGCUUGAGGCGCCGGACGCAAUGGCUCGCUCUGCCAUCAGUGCCAAGGAUGGGCCGACGCACUCAGUGCCCCGAAGCAGGGCUCCUGUGAACCAGAUGAUGGUGGGAGUCGUGCUCCUCUCGAUGGGAGUUUUGAUAGUGUACAUGUAUCGAAUCAUCGAUGACCUGCACCGGGAGCAGCAGGACCUGCGGGGUCAGCUCAUGCAGCUCGCCAAGGACACUGCGCAUCACGCUGGAAGUGAGAAGUUUCUUCGCAAAGACGAGCCCGGGGACUUCUUCGCCCAUAGUGGGGCCCAGGCGAGAAGACGGCCGCACGUGGAGGAGAUCUUCCCGGGGCAUAUGGCCGCCUUUGAGGAUGCGGAGGAGAAGCGGCGGCUUGCGGGCUUCAUGACCACCGGCACCAGCGCAGGGGUGGGCUGCUUUGAGAUCAGCGAUGCGGCCACUGUCUCCAUCGACGUCUCCAGCACCAGCGCGUGCAACAGCAACGUUUGUCCGGAUUGCUUCAUCACGCCUGCUACGGUGAGCCAGGACAUCACCCUCACCAUCCAGGCCUGCAGCAGCGCCCAGUGGAUCCGCUCGACCUCGCGCAGCGGCGUCUGGGUGUACACCUUCAUCAACACCCACGCCACGCAGACGGUCAGCGUCGCCGACAACAGCGGGGCAGGGAUCACAUACAAGGUCCCAGCUCAGAGCUACGUGACCGCCUACUGCGCCGCCAGUCUGGGAACCGGCAACAGGCUGAACUUCCCCAGCAGCACGCUGCCCACGCUCUCGGUGGACAGCGGUCUGACGCUGAGCGCCGGAGACUUUGAUGCCAGCGCCAGCACAGGCGCCUUUAAGACCUCCUCGGGAGCGGUGACCGUGAACGGGGACACGACCAUCAGCGGCGCGAAAACCUUCACCACGGGCACUGGGAACGUGGGGCUGAACGGCGCGACCACCGUGGCGGAUUCGACGACCUUCACCGUGGGCUCUGCCGGCGCGGGCGGCACCACUACGCUCUACGGGAACACGGUGGUGGGUGACACGGGAAGUGGCAACGGCGCUUCGAUCACCCUGAAUGGCAACUUUGCGCAGGCCGACGUGACAGGCUCUACGUCCACCUUCUCCACCGGCACGGCCACCGUAAGUUUGAACGGCCACGUGGAGGUCGCCAACAACAAGAAUCUGCAUAUGACUAAUACGGGCAGCGGUACCUUCCAGACGGGCACCGGCACUGUGACGCUGAACGGCGCCACGACGGUCUCGUCGGCCAACACCUUCACCACGGGCACGGGGGCAGUGACGCUGAACGGCAAUACCGCCAUUGCGGACUCGAUGACCUUCACCGUGGGCUCCGCGGGCGCUGGGGGUGCCAGUACACUCUAUGGGAAUCUGGUGGUGGGUAGCACGGCCUCUGGAGGCGGCGCCACCACCACCGUGAACGGCAACUUCGCGCAGGGCGACGUCACCGGCGCGUCUGUGUCCACCUUCAGCACGGGCACCGGGGCCAUCUCCCUGAACGGGGACGUGGAGGUGGCCACGGGCAAGAACUUGCACAUGGUGGCCACGAGUUCCGGCACCUUUCAGUCGGGCACUGGCACGGUUACCUUCAACGGCAACACCCAGCUGUCGGGGUCCACGACCUUCACCACGGGCACGGGGCAAAUCAACCUGAACGGUGCCACGCAGGUGGCAGAUUCAACGCCCUUCUCGGUGGGAUCGAUCAGCGCUGGGGGCACCACUCAGCUGUUCGGCGCUGUCAUCGUUGGGUCAGGCUCCGCGAAUGGCGCUUCCACCAGCCUAGACGUGUAUGGCGACGUGACAUUCCAUGACGACCAGGAUGGCACUGCCAAAACGUUUGCCAGUGCCACCGGCGCGGUCACCUUCAACGGGGACAUCGGGGUGGCAGCGGCCAAGAACCUCAUCAUGGCCAACACAGGGACUGGCCAGUUCCAGACGGGCACGGGCACGGUCACCCUCAGUGGGGACACAACGGUGUCCAGUGGCAAGACCCUUACCGUGGCCACCUACACCAACGUCAUCCAGUGCUCCCACGCCUCCGGGGAGACGGGCAGCACCUACUGCCGGGCCAGCAGAUGAGGCAAAAGGCCCUCGUGGCCAAGAGUCCGAGAGCGCCGAAUGCGAGCCGGACCCACGGGACCCGGGCCUGGACUCGGGGGCCUUGUUACACAUCGAAGGUGGGGUCGCUGAAUGGCUUAUGGCUAUGAACUUGA